AUGGUUUUUCUUUGUUGCAGUCAACACGAACAAACCUAUUUAAAUAAAGAUUUACCAUUAUCUAGUAUAACAAAAGUAACUCAAAAUGGUGGUCGUUGUAUUAUUGUUUGUUCAACAUCAAAAGAUAUUGACCAUGGUAAUAAAAUGAAAUUAAUGUUAAAUGAUUCUGGCAUUCAGUGCGAUUUACGUUUAUGUUCAACGUAUAAGUCGACACAAGUUAUUUUAAAAUUAUUAGCACAGUACACGUUUGAACAUUGUCGUCCAACUGUCUUCGUUACCAUUGGUAAUAUUAAUAACGGUUUAGCCAUGGUUUUGUCGGCUAAUUCUCAAUAUCCUAUUAUUCAUUGUUCAGUUAUUAAUGAUACAGCGUCAACAAAUCAUUUUUUUGAUAUUAAUUCAUUUACAACAGAAAAUAUUUCGUAUUCAUUAACAUUUUCGGUACAAAGUGCUGUUCAAAAUGUGAUGCAAAUAUUAGCCAUACAAGAUUGGAGACUCUGGUGUAAACAGAGAGGAAAACGUUUAAGAACAUACAUUGAUUUAUUGAUAGCUGAUCAACAAUUAACACUUACAAGUAAUAAAAAUAGUUAA